UUUGUAAUAAAGUUUAAGUCAACACAAAUGCAAAAUGCAAAUAGUUGGUGUAGUUGUGUGGGGUUAAUUAUUUUUGUAUUCGUAAAAACGAUGAAAAUAAUAAGCUCUUGUAUUUUUAAUUAGCAAAAUCCAGUAACUGUGUCGCGUAAACCUUAAAGAAAUAAGUGUUACAGAAGUAAGAACCGGUUAAAAGUGAAAAUAUCUGCAGUUUCCGAGACACGGAUGCGAUUUAAGAUCUAAAAGUCAAUUUAUUGUAUCGGCAGGUAUCGCAUGGGCGCGCAUGGCGGGCGGCGCAUGGCGGCGCGGGGCGCACCGCGCGCGGACGCUUCGCGCACUGCUGCGCGACACGGCGCGCGCGCUGCAGGACGUGCAGGACAUCCUGCCGUUUGACCCCGAGGUGCAGUCGGUGGUGCAGGAGAUCAGCGCCGAGUGCGCGCGGCCCACUGCGCUGGUCGUCCUCGGCUCGUCGCCGGCAGCCCGCGCGCGCCUGCUCAACUGUCUGCUGGGGAGGAAACUCUUGCCGGAGACCUUGCCUAGAGGAUCCAAAUGGCUUCGGAUCCAAUAUGGCGCGUCCACGCAAGUGCACCUAUCGGUUGGCAACUCGGAGUUCGAGCUGCUCGAAGAGCUGGAAUGUAAUCAGAAGCCUUGGGACACCUUGCCUCUACACGAUAUUCUACGUCAACCCCACACAGACUUGGGAACAACUCUUGAGUUAGAACUGAACUCUUCGCUCCUAAAGGAUGGUCUCCGUAUAAUCGUACCACCAGACAUCGGUUCGGACCCUGGACACACCAGCUACACCAGUCUGAAGCAACUCCACAAGGACUUGUACCAUAAAAGGGAGACCAUUUUGAAAAACUAUGCACCUAUUUAUUUAUACGCUUUGGACAGAUUCGGGAGGAAUAUUUUCAAUGAAAAUGUGUCUAAAAUGAGUGUUUCCAGAGGGGGGGAUUUCUGGUCGACCUUCAAUUCUAAGGAUAAGAAGAAAGAUGAAAGGUCUAGGGAUGUUAUUGAGGAUUGGAAGGACAGUAAUUCGGUAUUCAGUGUUGAGAACUUCCUCGAUCUCCAUCAAAUCAAAGAGCUAGACUCGAACGCUCAGGUGUUCUUCUGUCUCUUCUCGAACAGCAGAGCAGAAGAGAAGAGAAGGAACCCUCUGAGCGAGGCCACGGAGUCCACGGAGUCAGCGCUGUACAACACCGAGGAGUUGCCGGAAUCUGACCAGGGCAUAUUCAAGGAUGAAGUGUACAGACACAGGGAGCAAUCUCCACAACAGAGCAAAGCCAACAGAAGACUGCAGGAGGAACAGAUCGCGUUCAUGAACGAGCUGCUCGACCAGUGGGAGCUUAUAUCGAAUCCACCCCAAAAACACCACGUCAAAAGCCAAUGGUCGAUCGUCGACGACGUGGAGAUAUUGAAGAACGCGGACAAGAGUGAAGCGGAGCACGGGAAGAGAAAAAAGGAGUUAGAGAGUGACAGGACUCAGAGGACGCGCGGCAGUCUGCUCAACAACGUGCUGAAGUUCGCGGCGGAGUACUCGCAGACUUACCUGCUGGAACAGAGCAAGAGAUUGAGUGAGAUUCACGUGAAGCUCCUCCAGCAGUUCAUCCUGGCGUCGUUCGACAUGGCGCGCGAGCUGCAGGUGGUGCCCACCAAGAUACAGUACGUGGCCACGCAGGAGCAGCAACUGUACGAGACAAUAAAUGAGAAAUUCUCGGAAGGCGACAAAAAGCAAGAGUUAUUGCAAAUAAUGCAAGAAGUGUUACAAGAAAUGAGGUCGGAGAUCAAUAACAUGGAUUGGAGUGUUGAUGAUCUCCCGUGCCAUCAAGACAAACGCUACGCGAUAUCCAACUCAAUAUUCUACUCAACCAGAAGCAGUCCGUCCAUAUCCCUCCAGCUCAAUGGACGGACGGACGGAACGGACGGGACGAACGGAACGGAACGCGACAGCCCCGAACUGGACGAGGAGUCGGACGGAUUGUCGGACGUGGAGGAAGCCGUGUCGUACGAGAGCUUUAACUUUGACGACUUCGAAGUCAUACACUCUAAUGACGAGAGUUUGUGUAUGAGCGACGUUUAUGGGAGAAUGAGACAGUCCAAGCCGUCGUCGCCGGCGUCGCUCGCCACGCCCAUCCCCAUAGAGAACGAGAUGGAGCUGUACAGCCUGUCCGCCGCGUGGCGCAGCGCGUCGGUGACCACUCACAGCAGCGUGUGCACCAGCGCCAACGUCUCCAGCAAGCAGGCCUCGCUCGACGUGCAGAGGACGGUUUUAUCGAAGUUGAGUCGAAAAAUCAGUUUGAAGAUGGUCAAAUUCGUGGAUUGCCUCAAAGACUCCUACUUCGGAACACUACAAAGAUGCCUCGAGUCCCUGGAGUCCUCCUGCAGGCAGGAGUUGGGUGGCAGACCAGCCAGCGAGGCGAUGCGCCAGCUGCUGUCCGUGGCCCGGCAGGUGGACCUCACGCCGUGCGCCUCCUUCUCCCUGCUGCGAGGAAUGAUGGACUCCCUCAGGAGGCUGUUCCACAGGCUGCGACUGUCGGGCGGCGAGGCGCAGGCCGCGUGCUGCGUGCUGAGCCCCGCGUGGCGCCGUUCGGCCGCCUUGCACGCCGCACAAGAGCUCACGCCGCAGCGCCUGGCGCGUCUCAUCUCUCUGCAGAUUCUGGAGAGGCUGGGAGAGGCUCACGAGAGGUAUCAGUCGGCCCUCACGGCGCUGGAGGCGGCGCUGGCCAACCGGCUGCACCAUACCGAGGACAUCAAGCUGGCUAUCAGGAAGAAGUACGCGCCGUCCUUCGCCCAGCUGUGCCUGGAGAGCACGUCGAUGUGUGACCUGCUCAUGUAUGGCACUCCGGAGCUGGGCCGGGAGAUCGGGCGCGGUCAGUACGGAGUGGUGUACGCGGUCCGGGGCGCGUGGGCCGGACACAGUCCCGCGUGCGUCAAGUCCGUGUACCCGGCUGAUGACCGGCACUACCGGGAGCUGGCCAUGGAGUUCUUCUACACCAGGAGUAUCCCGGAGCACCCGCGGAUAGUGCGGCUGCUGGGCUCGCUGGUGCAGCGCGGCGGCGGUGGCGCGGCGCCCGGCGUGCUGCUCGUGUCGCAGCGCUACAGCCGCGACCUGCACGCCGCCGUGCGCGCCGGCCUCGGCCACAGCGCGCGCGUGCGCAUCGCCUGCGACAUCGUCGAAGGUAUCCGCUACCUGCACUCGCUGGGACUGGUGCAUCGGGAUGUGAAGCUGAAGAAUGUGCUCCUGGAUGAGCACAGCCGCGCGGCGCUGUCGGACCUGGGCUUCUGCGCCGCCGAGGCGCUCAUGUCGGGCUCCGUGGUGGGCACGCCCGUGCACAUGGCGCCCGAGCUGCUCGCCGGUCAUUACCACGCCGCCGUCGACGUCUACGCCUUCGGGAUAUUGUUCUGGUACCUUUGUGCAGGCAAUAUCAAACUGCCAGCGGCCUUCGAGACAUUCCAGAAUAAGGAACAGCUUUGGAGUAAAGUAAAAAGAGGUCUUCGUCCAGAGAGGCUGCCACACUUCAGCGACGAAUGCUGGGAGAUCAUGGAAUCCUGCUGGGCCUCGGAACCCUCCCAGAGGGCUCUGUUGGGAGAUAUCCAGCACCAACUAGAAGUAAUUCUCCAGAAGGCUCAGAAGGAAGACCAGGGUCCGAUCAGCUGUGGCCCCAACCUCGGCCGGUACAACUCGGAUGACAGUUUGGAUAUGACUGGCCUUCAUAAAGAUGCAAGGGAUAAUUUGUGUUAGUAAUACUGAAAUAAGGCUGAAAAUUGUGUGAAAGUAUUUUAGAAUUUGAACUUUUGUGAGUGUCUGUAGAUACUGAAAUGGAAAAAUGGCUAAAGUCGGAUGUUGUCGGAUAGUGUCCAACUGAUUUCGAACCUAUACUGUAUAUGUUAACCACAUUAUUAUUAACUUUUAUUUUCUUUACAUUAAGUAAUAAAAGUUCUAAACAUUUGGUUUUUAUACUAGUGCGACACGUGAUAUGGUCAAAGUUGUUUUUAUAUCAAUUUUUAAAUUACAAAAUUGUGGUAAAUCAUUAAUAUAAAGUAGAAAUAGAAAAGGAGCCAAAAUUUAACCCUGUGGUGCACCAAUAAGUGAAGUUGAAUCUUGUUAAUUUGUCUAUAAUGAAUACUUUUUGAGAUCGUACAUGCCUACUAGCAAUAAGCUUAUGAUUAAAAACCUCGUAUAGGGUCAAAACGCGUCGGGUUUAUUCCCACAUAUUCCAGUUUUAGCCAUUUUUUAUUUCAGUUGUGUGAACCUAUUUUGGCGACCCCUAGAACACCAUUUUAUACAGUUUUGAAGUAUCGAGAUAUUGUAAUGUCAGAGUAAAAUGACUGUAAUUGAUAUUAUCUUAAAGUUCAAUUUAAUUUACAGUAAAAUACUAGUGAAUACAGAAUUUACAAGUUUAUUUCUAGCAACAAUGUUUUUGGCUUAUUGCACUAUUUCGUUACUUGCUAAUGAUUGUUGGAUUGUUUAAACCCAUCGUUCCGUUAAGCAACCAAGCGUACCGGUACGCAGUGGCGCAAGUGGAUGCAAACAUACACUGCCUAUCCUUAGGACUCAUCAGGACAAGUGUUGGAGAAGGAAUUUUCCAUUCCGUGCGAUUUGUACCUACGUAUAAUGCUCACCCUACUUGAAAACCUUAUGCACGCCACUAUCGGUACGAAGCGUAACUUUCUAUAUAAAUAAAGCGUGUGGUUUUGUUAAACUGUCAUGUAUUUUUCAAGUUAGUGACUUUUUGUAGACCUAUCAAGUGUGAUUGGAGUUUUUAAAAAAAUAAAUAAAUACCUUUUUAAUAAAAAUAUAUAGGUCUAUAGGACCAAUAGCGACGAGUCGAGAGUUUACGUCUCGAGAUAACUCGUUGUGUGAGAAAAAGGCUCAUUGCUGAUUAAUUGCGGUGGAGAUGAAAUACCUAUUGCUAUUGGUCGACAUUUGUCUAUCUCGUCAUCACAGGCCUACAGAGCUAUAAAUAUUGGUUUAAUAAACAAUGAUUUUAAAUAACAUUAUGCUCUUAUGACCUUUUUAUUAAUACAUAAUAAUAUCCCAAGCAAAAAUAAACGUUAUUACUUUCGACAUAAGGCUGAAAAUAGUUGUAAGUCAUCUUUUAUCAUUUAUAUGGUAUAUAUUACUUUGGAAAGUUAAUAAUACUAACAUGCUCGGUACAAGCCGGUAUAUAGUCUGGCAAGAUCGUUAAUGACACUCCCAUGAUAUGCGGGCGAUGGGGGGAAAGACUGCGCGGGUGAAAUAGUGCAUGUGGGGAUGUGUGCGGUUUUUCAUUCAUCACUACCCCCCCCCCCCCCCCCACACGUGACCCAUUGGGAGUGAUACGAACGAAGUUGCCAAGCUAUAGUAAGCGGCGUGUAAGUUGAACUAUGUACAGUAACAUUAUAGUGUGUUAGCAAAAUUCGGUAAGAGGUGACACAAGUAACCAUAGCAACGCGUUGACGCCAUUACAAUCGCGUACAUAAUUUUCAAUCACGCGUUACUCACAGAUUACUGUCAAUUCGGUUCACAUUACUUGCCGUGGCCUAUAUUAUGGUAUAGUGUCAACUUAUGAUUCAUACUGUACCAUAUUAAGCAAUGGUAAGGUCUGUACUGAGGCAAGAGGUUGUAUAAAUACAGAACUUACUAUAUCGAAUACAUAUAAUGACGCCGACACACUUUUAACACCUCACGCACCGUCUUGCGCGUUGAGUCAAAUUAAAUCUUUGUAUUUAACUUUCAGAACUAGUCGGGUAUAGUCCGAUUAUUUUUGUGGAGAGGACAAAACGUAUUUUUAUGAUUUGUCUAGUGCUAGGCAUAGGCCUAGUUAGUAACUAGUCACUACUGUGAAUCGACGGGUAGCAGUGACAGUGAUUGACCUUGAGAGUAGGUUUAAGGGAUCCCUUUAAAAUGCAUCAACACUCACCUUCCCUGCCCGAUAUCUUCUCCAUCCCCACACUAAACAAUUUAUGAUAAACAAUAAUUACAACACAAACCGUUAUUGCACAAAAUCACUAACUCGACUGGCAGCGUGACGGUGUCUACGCUGCCUAGCUGAGCUUAGAGAAAAGCUGAGUUUAAAUCAUCGAAUACCCUCUUAUUUAUACCAUACUGAUACAAUAUCAUAAAUAAUGAAUGUUAAUACCACCUAUAAUCGAGGAACUUUUAACACUUGUACCUUCAAGUAAGACCUAUGACAUCUUAGCAUCGUCACUUAACAUCAGGUGAGUUGCAGUCAAUGGUAAAUUUUCAUUAAAAUAAAGAAAAUUUAUGAAAAAUAUUAAUCGAAGUGACAAGGAUAGUUAUAACAAAAACGAAUACCGGAUUUGACUCAACGACAUGUUUUGGCGCCGCGUGGUGUGUGCAAAUGUGUUUCCGGCAUUAGUUAUUUAACAAUAUCAAUAGUGCCUUAUUACCGAUAGUAAUUAUUAUUAAAUCUGUUGUAAACAAAAUUUGAAAUUAAACAAUAUUGUUCCGUUUGAAAUGUGACGAAAUUUUUUACGUUUACAAGUUCAGGCAACGAAAAGAAAAGGGUCUUUUGACAUUUGUGACGUCACAGUACACGUUGGCAAAGCACACUUAAAUGUAAAUGAAAUAAAAUAUGUCAGAUAUUAAAAGAGUUAAAAUAAUAAUGUUUUGUUUCGGGCAUCGAUCUCAUAUUAAAAAGUGGUUGCACAAUCAGCUACCAAAAAACAUCCCCACUCAAUGAGUGCCAAACACAACUUCUUGGCACUCGAUUCAAGUAGUCGCAUUUGCAAAUUCAACCUUAAAAUUAAUCCUUAAGGUUCAAUUUGCUCUGAAUUUGGGAUUUUAUCGAAUAUUGGUCUAUGUUUAAAGGCCUAUAAGUAUAAAUUUCUUUACCAAUAAUUCUAAAACUGUCAAAGCAAAAGUGGCCAGUUUUAAGUGAAAUUUUCGAUGUGAUUGCGCGUCCUUUUAUUCUAAGAGGUCUAUGGUUUCGGGAUCUUACGUUCAUCAUAUCUCAAUGUAAAUCUUUAACAUGUGAAAUUGUAAUAGCUGUUGGUUAUCGUACGUAUACGGAUACGUGAAUAAUAUAAUAUACGUAACAUUUAAUUUCACUUCAACGAAGAAAAUAUUGUUUGUUUACAACAGAUUUGAUCAUAAGUGUAAGUUUUUAAGUAAGACUUCGUAUGCGAGUAAAACGCAUUAUAUUCGUGAAAAUUAAAAAAAUAUCUUAUAUUUUUACUCGAUAACUUACACUAAUCUUAGGUCCGUAUUAAUAGACGUUACUUAUCUAGAGAGCACGUACUCUUAUAUAUAUAAACAUCACAAUAUCAUGAUCUCAAGUUGCCAGAACAAUUAUUGAGGGACGCUAAUACGGGCCUUAGACCACUUAAAAUGAUAUCAUAAUAAGAUUAAGAAAUAUCAAAUAAAUAGUAUGUAAGGAUGGAAUACUACAAAAAUAUUAAUUAUUAUACACGAAUAUGACUAUAUGUGUAGGCGGAUAAACCAUAUUUUCAUAUUUCUCGAAUUUGUUUUAUAGUCAAUCUAUUCGGGGAACACUACAUUCAAAGCUAAACAAUGUACAGACAAGUGUGUGUGUGCGUUUGCAUGUAACGUAGACAUAGAAAGUAAUAGACCUGAUACGUGCCGUUGUCAGACAAAAAGUAUUUUUGACGUUAUUUGACAGCACAGUAUUCCACACUGAUCCAUAUUUUCAGAAAUAUUUAUUAUCUUUUUAAGUUAACUGAUUACUUGUAAUGUUGUGCGCACACUACAUUUGUCUAAACUAAUAUUAUGAAGAUGAAAAAUUUGAUUGUUUGUUUGUUUGCAGCCUAUUCAAUAUCCGAUAUAUAAUCCGGCUCCGAAAGUACUGAACCGAUUUGACGAUUUCACUGUUGGGAAGCUACACUAUCCCCGAGUGCUACCACUACAUCCAAAGCUAAAACGGACUUCUCGGAAUAGAUUGACCAUCCUACACGUUUCCAACCGCCAUUUUGAAUUUCCUUGUGAGACUUUGUUUAAAUUUGUGUUUAGGACUUUGGAAAAAAUCUGUGAUUGUAAUUAAUUCUUGUAAUAGACUGUAAAUUAUUUUAAGGAUAUUUAUGUGUUUACGUUUAAAAUGUUAAGUGAAAUGUGUAGAAAUUCGAAUAUGACUUUUAGUCAUAACCCAAAUAAUACCCACAGUGAAUAUGCAGCGAAAUAUACACCAAACAAAAAUUUUGAAUUUUGAAAAACUGUCUUGAAUUUAGCAAAACUGUUACUUUAGCCUUGAAUCUGUCUAUUUGACAUCUUAUAUCAUCAUUCUCAGUGAAAAUUAUAAGCCUCCAUAGCUCGACGGUAAAGGGGUGGGAUUCAUCCCCGCCCCGUUGGUCUAUUGUCGUACCCACUCCUAAUACAGUUUUUUCCGACUAGUUAGAGGGUUGGGAAUAUUGGUCAUAUUUAAAAAACAUGGCAAAAAAAUAAUAACUUCUUAGAACUUUACACUCAUCAUUUUAAAUGGAUUCUAUUGAUUUUAUGAAAAUCAAGCGAACGUCACACUAACGUAUCAACUGUACACAUAUGGAUACGUACACUAUUGGGCAUUAUUAUAUUUUCGGACGCUGUAAACUACCUCCCUGCCAUACAUCUCCACUCAAUAUAUAAAUGCGAAAGGUCACGAAAUCUCGAAAACCGCAACAUAUACAAAGAUGAAAUGUGGCAGGGAGGUAGUUUAUACUUAGUAAAUAUACGCUAACAACGGAUUUUGCGAUAGGGCCGGACUAAGGAGGUCUAAGGGCGAAUAAAGUCGCGGGCGUCCGCUAGUUGGACAUAAGUGAGCCCGUCAUUAUUAUUAGAUUACUGAAGGCUUUGAAGAAAGGCAUAUUUUUGUAUGAGUUGUGAAUUACUUAAAUAAACAGAAUGUCGCGGCCCCUUUUCGUGUGCCCCCCGGGGUAUUUACCUCCUUUGCCUAUGUUUGCGUUCUGUACCCGUCAGUGUACGCACCCAUCAGUGUACGUACCCAUCAGUGUACGUACCCACCAGUGUACGUACCCACCAGUGUACGUACCCAUCAGUGUACGUACCCACCAGUGUACAACGCAGUGUGGCGUUCGCUUUAAUUGGACGCUGUUGUUUUAGCAGCGACUUUAGUAUAUAAGCUGUUACAAUGUUUUGUUAUACUAUGUAUGUAAUUAACUAUGUUUUGUGUUAUUUGUCAAAAUUGUUAUUCGUAUUACUACGCUUAUUUUGGAAAUUACUUAAAAACUGAAAAAUAAAAAGAAAUAUGUAUAUCCAAGUACGACUAGAUGUCAUAUUUUUUAUUAAUGUGAUAUUAAAUAUUUCUAAGUAACUA